AAUUGUCUCGACUUGCCACAGUCAGCUUUGGGAGCGCCUAUCCCAAGCUACUCGGCCUGUGAAUUUGCCUGCUGUCAAUUUGGUCUUUCACCGCAAAAUGACAGAUAAAGGACUUACGGAUGAGGCUGUGUCCGCAGCGUGCAAAGAAGGGGACCCUAUCACCCAGGAUUACAUGUUGCAGCAAACUAUGCUGAGGGUGAAAGACCCGCUCAAGUCUUUAGACUUCUACACCCGCAUCAUGGGCAUGACGUUGCUGCAGAAAAUAGACUUCCCAUCAAUGUGCUUCACACUCUACUUCCUGGGUUAUGAGGAAAAGAAGGAAAUCCCUGCAGACAUAAAGGACAGGACAGCAUGGACUUUCUCCCGACGAGCCACCAUUGAACUCACACACAACUGGGGCUCUGAAUCAGAUGAAAAUCUAUCUCAUCACAACGGAAAUUCUGAACCAAAAGGUUUUGGUCACAUCGGAAUUGCUGUACCUGAUGUUUAUGCAGCCUGUAAAGUAUUUGAAGAAAAAGGAGUAACAUUUGUUAAGAAGCCAGAUGAUGGUAAAAUGAAGGGACUGGCCUUUAUACAGGAUCCUGAUGGAUACUGGAUUGAGAUUUUGAGUCCAAACAACAUGUUCACCAUAACGUCAUAUAAGCGUCAAACUGAGAUAGUACAAACUGACUUGGUCAGAAAAGGGAUGUGAUGAAAAAGUAAGAGAAAUUGGAGGAACCAAAGGGUGUAAUGUGAGGAAAUUAAGAAGUGAAGAUUGAGCAUUUGCUUACGAUUGGGAUCACAUACAGAUACCCGCUGAAGGCCUACUUAAGCGGGGGGUGGAAGUAUAUUACAAAUAUACUGACGUAUACUUAAAUAUACUACAAGUUCAUAUAAUAUACUGCAAAUACGAGAUGUACUUUUCUAGUAUAUCUUAGGUUUACUAUACAUAUUACAUCAUUACACUUCAAUACACUUAUUACAAGUGUACUUAAAAUGYAUUGUUUUUCAGUCUGUAAACUAUAUGUUACCUAUCAUUACACUUAACACAGUUAUUAAAAUUKUAUUUUUAAUUAA